AGUUGAUUCAAGGUUCAGAAAUUCGGAUCGAUAAACGACCAACCAGGCCUCAGUCAGCGCCGUUCAACUGGGAGAAAGGUGAACCGCACAAGCACUGUAUGACACCUUCCAUGAAUCGACCCAAAAGUCAACUGGACGGAAGGUCGACGGACCCGGGGAGAAAGACAACCAGAAGGCUGAAUACUUUUAACAGAAGACCGAACAGUGCACCGGUGUCGCUAUUGUUUAUACAUGCCACCAAAGCUGAAAAUAAACGCACUUGUGUCGAACAAGCCCCGAUGGAAACGAGCCCCAAUACAGCUUUGAAAGGAGAAGUAUCAACUGACAUAGUAGAGGUUUCAGGCAAGGCAGAUGAGAAGACGAUCGGUUUGGACUCUCCUCCAAUAGAAGACGAAUACGAUCGCGCACUGAAGAUAUAUGGCUGGAGGAUGGAGAUUCCUGGGGACCCUUUAGGGAUAAAGCGACACUUUCUCCGAAAAAGGCUACCAUACAACGUGCCCAUCUCAUUCGGUCCGGACAUGUUGCCACCACCGCCCAAGAUGCGAUAUCAGAACCGGAGAACAUUCUUCCAACCCACAAUAAACAUACAGCCAUUAUCUUUCACCAUCAGUCCUGACUUUGAAUCCGAAGUGUUUGUGACGAAACAGAACGAAUUGAGAAAAACUGGCAACUGGCCAUUCCAAACGUAUCAAGUUGCACUGGCGUACUAAAAAUGGAUUUUCCAAUGCAUCUGUUUACAUUUCCGUGAACUUAAUAC